UUUCUUUUUCUAUCCAAUCAAACCUAUAUGGGUAGAUUUUGCCACAUAUUCGAUAGCAGCUGAUUUGAAAUUCGAAUCUUCGAUUAAUUGAUUGAUGUAUAUAUUAUCACAAAAUGGUAUGAUUUCUGGGGUAAACUUGUUUUUAUUUUAUUAUCCACAUAAUAACCAACAUCACAAUGAAUACGUACUUUUCCGAUUGUGUUGGUUUUUAUUUUUGUCCAGAAAAUCCUAAUAAUUCUAAAUUAAUCAAUACUAAUCAUGAUAAUGGUUAUGAAUUUUAUAAAUGUGCCUGUAUUGAACAAAAAAGAGUGUUUCAAUCAUGCGGAUAUGCAACAAAUGUACGAAAUGAUUUCAUUGAACAUGUUCAACAUGAACAUGGCCAUACAAACUUGAUUUGUAUCUAUUGUCACUUGAAGGAUUCUAAAAAGCUUAAACAUUUUAGAAAACCAAUCACUUUGGCAAUCCAUAUGGAUAAAUUUCAUACAAAUCAACAUUUCCAAUGCAAUUCUUGUUCAUAUCGGGCCAUCACCGCUGAUCAUGUUAAUCUGCAUCAAUUAUUUUGUCAUCAUCAAUCAUCAUUGUGUUCUGAAAAUCGUAAAAUUAUUUAUUGUAAUAUUUCACAAAAUGAAACGACUAAUCUAACAUUAAAAUAUUUCUAUGAUAAAUACAAAAUUGAUCGAAAUACUGAAACUAACUGUCAAUUUCAAUGUCUUUAUUGUGAUUGUUGUUGGGAUGUUUUUCAAGAAUUGAUACAACAUAUGGUUCGUUUUCAUCCUGAAUAUCCAUUGUUAUAUUAUUUUAGUCGACAAAAUGAAAUCCAUUUGGAUCAAAACAUAUCUGAAUUCAGUACAAUCAAUGGUGAUCAUCUGGAUGAUGAUAGUGACAAUGAUGUUAACAUACAAUUUUGUUGUUUUUUCUGUGAUAAUAAAUUUUUAACAAAAAUCGCCAUACGUAAACAUUUGAUUGAACAUUUGUUUGAUUCAACGGAAAAAAAUCGUGAUGAAUUUUUCAACAAUUGGAUCGAUUCUUUCAUAUUAAAUCAACAUAGCUAUAGAGAAUUCUAUCCAGAAUGUCCAAUUUGUUUGAAACUAGUUGUAAAUGGUGAAAAUAAUGAUCAUCGUCGUUUAUGUUCAAAUCAAAAAGCACAUUACAUUGAACAUUCAUCAUAUAAAAAAUACAAAUGUAUACUUUGUUACAAAGAUAAACGUGAAGAUUAUUGGUUACCAGAAUUAUAUCAUCAUAUUACUGAUCAUGUACAUACAAUUCAUCCAGAAAAAAUCAAUUUGGAAUUGAAAAAUAUAUUGAUGGAUUAUUCAGCCAACAAUGAAGAUCUGAUAGAAUAUUUUGAUGAUGAUAAUCUUGAAGCAUUGAAACGAUUGGAAAGACAAUAUCAAAAAAAUUUAUCAUCAUUUUCAUCAAAAAAAAUUAAUAAAAUAAUGAAAACACACACACGCGUAUUAUCAAUCAAAGUUCAUCACAGUUAUGAUCAUCAUCAUCAUUAUUAUUAUUAUUAUUAA